AGGAACUUUGAACUCUAGCUUUCGAGGAUGAUGUUGCGAUCCCCGCCUGGGCUGUCCUCCACCAGUGGAGCGGCUCUAUGGUUAUGUGCUAAAUGCCUCCGACGUUUCGUACCUCACAACAGUGAGCUUGCUGUCGGCACCCUUUCUACCCAAAGGGCCUUCUCCACCGAACCACCAGCUCUCGAGGAUUUUCCAGAGGAGCGAGUGAGAAACUUUAGUAUCGUAGCUCACGUGGACCAUGGGAAGAGCACACUAGCUGACAGACUCCUUGAGACCACUGGUGUGAUAAAAGAAGGGAGGCAGGUGCUGGACCAUCUGCCAGUGGAGAGGGAGAGGGGGAUAACAGUCAAGGCCCAGUCUGCCUCCAUGGUCCACCUCCACAGGGGACACAGAUAUCUCCUCAACCUCAUUGACACACCUGGUCACGUUGACUUCAGCUACGAAGUGUCUCGCUCUCUGGCAGCCUCUCAGGGAGUUGUGCUACUGGUGGAUGCUCAACAGGGUGUUCAAGCUCAAACUGUGGCUAAUUUCUUGCUCUCCUUUGAGGCAAACCUCUCAAUCAUUCCUGUCAUCAACAAGAUUGAUCUUCCUCUCGCCAACAUUGAGAGAGUCAAUGAGCAGUUACACAACGUCUUUGGAUUCAGUCCUGAAGAGGGCAUACAGAUAUCAGCUAAACAUGGGACUGGAAUAGACAAAGUGCUUUCCGCAAUCAUUGAAAAGAUUCCAAGGCCUUCUGGAUCACGGGACAAACCUCUCUGUGUACUGCUGUUGACAGCUGGUGAGUCAUGUGAGAUACAUACAGUAACGUGUGUGGGCGGGAUUAAUGACGCUGGUGUUGGUGUGUGUGUGUGCAGGUAUGACCACUAUAGAGGAGUCGUGUGCGUCGUGGCAGUCAAAGAUGGCAGCAUUGGAGUAGGAGAUGAGGUGUCGUCCUAUCAUACUGGACUCAGUUAUGAAGUGGCAGAGGUGGGCUUACUGCAGACUAAGAGAGUACCCAUCCCCAGACUGUACAGUGGGCAGGUUGGCUACGUCCUGCUGGGAAUGAGGAAUUCCACAGAGGCUCAUGUUGGAGAUACCUUCUACCACACCGGGUCAAAGGUCACUCCAUUGCCUGGCUUCAUAGCUGCUAAACCAAUGGAAUUUGAUGCAUCCAUUCUGGUGACAACUCCCAGUGUUCCCUACAAAGAGGAGGUUUACACAGUGGAGGAGUUCAGAGAGCCAGUGGUCCUGGGGACUCUGGUGACUCCUGAUGAACACCUCGGUAAACUCCUCGCCCUCUGUCAGGAUCGCCGUGGGGUUCAGCAGGAGCUAGUGUAUAUGGACCAGAGCAAAGUCCUGCUCAAGUACACUCUUCCUCUCAGUGAGGUGGUCAUUGAUUUCAACGACCAGGUCAAGUCCCUCUCCUCGGGAUAUGCCAGUUUUGAUUAUGAAGAGCAUGGAUAUGAACCAGCUCCUCUGGUGAAGGUCAGCUACUCUACUGUCAGUCAACCCAAUACUGGAGUCAUGUUGAAUGGUCGUGUGGUGGAUGCUCUGGCCUCGGUGGUACACAGGACAAGCCUACUCAACUGGCAAGACCAUCUGUGGGAAACUCAAAGACCAACAUCCACAGAGUGUAGGCAUUUUUCCAUGAUCGAAAGCAAACACUCCAUUCUCUUAUACAGGCAGUUGUUGAAUGUGGCGAUUCAGGCCGCCAUUGGGAAGAGGAUCAUGUCCAGAGAGACUCCGACGCAGGUCUCACAGACCUGGUGUACAGAGUCCACACCUACCAAUAAGCCGGCACCCCGGGCCGCCGCCGCCGCCACUGGUCAGUCCACGCUGGAACUCUACCGCGCCUGA